AUGGCGAGAGGAGAACCUGCGGUCCGAGUGCGGCGACAAGACGGGUACGUGUACAACAAGCCCAGUGUAUCAUUUGACCUGCCUCAGAGGUCUACUCCGGCACCCACUCAAGCACCGAAUGUUGACAGGACGCUGACGCAGACAAUGUUUUACGCGUAUCCAGUGCCAGCCGGCGGUGACACCGUGAACAUUGGACAAACUUCGAAGAGCACGACUACCACUGCCACUGCUGUAUCGUCGGGUGGAGGUGGGGGUGGGGGAUACAAUUACAGGUCCUCUGCUACUGGAAGCGCAGCUGGUGGCUACGAUUAUAGUUCUCAGACAUCUGGAACCCAAGUCAACAGUGGUUCUCAGGUCUCAACGGGAUCGCAAACCACUGCAACUGGAAGCCAAACUGCCACUAACACUGGUUCUUCUCAAUCUAGUUCAGGUUACGGUAACAAUGUUCCGUCACCUACUCUUUCUCCAACUCUUCAGGUUUCGUCAGAUGUAUCCACUAGUGCGCCAAAAUAUUUACCACCCACUGAGAGUGGUACAUCUGGAGGAAGUGCGACUACUGGUGGCAGUGUGAGCAUUGGAGGCGUCUCUAUUAAUUCUGGUUCUGGACAGGGAUACUCUGGUAGCACUUCGGUGCAAGCUGGUUCAGUGGGUACUCCAUCUGAUAAGUACUUGCCACCAUUGGGAACUUCAACAUCUGGAACAUCUGGUACAUCGAUCGGAGGCACUGUCACUGGUACGACAGCAGGCAGUCAAACUAACGUAGGUGGUGCGGUAUCUAUUCCAAGUGCCUCAUAUUUGCCACCCAACUCAUCUCCACCGUCAGCAUCUCCUGCAGGAGCUCCCAGCCCUCAACCAGCUCCAACACCACAAACUGGUUAUAUACCACCAGCAGGAACUAAUUCUGGAGCAGGGACAGCAUCAACUCCUGCAUCUGGAUACUUACCUCCGUCGUUUUUUUAG